AUGGGUGAAACGCAGAGGUUCUGCUUGAGGUGGAGCAGUUACCAGCCGACGAUCGUCACCUCGUUCUCGCAGCUCCGGGAGGAGGAGGACUUCGUGGAUGCGAAUCCGUGCGAGCACCCGAUAGUGAUACUGCGGGGCGUGAAUUACACGCACCUGGAGAACAUCAUCUACUUCAUCUACCACGGAGAAGUGGACGUGUCCCAGGAUGACCUGCUCUUGAAGGAGUUCUGUCGUCUGUGCGACAAGUUACCAAAGAGCACUUCCCGCACGAGCCUGUUGGCAGGAGAACUAUUAGCCGGAAAGGCGGCCAACGUCGGCUCGGACAAGGACUCGGCGACGGCAGCAGCCGCCGCCGCAGCAGCAGCGGCGGCUGCAUCGCUAUGCGGACUCCCGGCGCCCGUCGCGGCGGCUCUCAAGAUCGUCAACUCCGUCACGUCAUCCGCAUCGUCGCCAGCCCCCACACCGUCCUCUCCAACAACGGCGACUAAUCUGAAUGCCGCCACAACGGGCGGAGGCGGCGCCGGCGGUGGGGUUGGCGGAAAGCGGAGCCCAACUUCGGCGGCGGCAGCAGCAGCAGCAGCAGUGGCGUCCACGACGCUGACUGCCCGCGAACUCGUGCAGGCCACGUUGAACUCGCGUUACGGACACGACGACCCUCGGCCUCGAUCCGCCGCCAGUGACUAUUCCGACGACUCGGAAAGGCGCCUCGAAAUCGUCGACAACGCCGGCAGCGAAUGUGGCUCGCUCAAGUCGGACGAGAAUGAGUCGUCCUUUGACUCGAGCACGAUGCGACCGGCGUUCCCCGGCGGCCCGAUGGACUACGAUGAGUCGGCGGCGUUUUUGGACAGCGCUCGACGGAAGUUGGCGGCUGCAGGAGGAGGAGGCGGCGGAGGCGGCGGCGCAGGAGGUGGAGUGACAGGAGUCAGGGACGCCGUGGGGCCCAUCAAUCUGUCCUUGUCUUCGGUUGGCGGCGGCGGCGGUGGCGCCAGCAAGCAGUCCAUGGCCCAGUUGUCCAGCAUGGCCCUGGCGGCUCAGGCGCUCACAGGCGCCUUCAGUGGCCUUGCCAACUCCUCGGAAGCAGCCCUGGGAAAGGAAAUGAAAGCUGGUGUUGCGCUGGCGUUGAAGAACCAACUGGCAAUGGCGGCAGCCGGUGGUCUGGAUGUGUCGGCGUCUCCGGGUGGCGGCCUCGGGCCCGACGGGUCGCCGUCGUCCAACGUGAGUGGCGGCGGCGGCGGUGGGGGCGGCGGACGCGGGUUCCACCCCAGUGGACGCCGGCCCCGCACCGUGUUCGACCAGAACCAGCUUAUGACCCUCAAGACCUACUACAAGUACAACACGAACCCAAACUCGGCCGAGAUCACCCGACUCGCACAUGGGCUCGGGCUCGACCGCCGCGUCGUCAAG